AUGCGUCGCCGCUCCAGCCUCUCCAUCACCAUCACCACCAUCACCACCACCCAUACCACCACCACCCCAACACUUCCAAAUCACAAACCCUGGCGCCCUCCCCUCCUCCCCACCCGUCGCUUCCGCAACAGCGUCCCGCCCACGACGGCAAAAAGCCCGAUACCCCCGGUGCCAGCGAUGUCGUUUUUCGAAGCGGACACGCCAAUCGAUGAGGGCAUCUUGACGGGUGUCCUUGGGGAGUUGGGGUCUGCGCGGGGUUUUGGGGGUGACUACAUCGGGGAUGGGUACGUUGAUGUCGAUGUCUGCUGGCGGAGAGACGGUCACCGAGACGCACUCAGCGACAUCUCGCUCUCAGCCUCAAUCCACCGCCUCGCCGGCCUCGACCACGGCAUCAGAACUGUCAACCGCACCGCCAUCGCCAUCGAAAUCAUCUUCCCCUCCUUCACGUCGCCAUAUGACCAAGACUCAAACCAUCACCCGUACCGUUCCCGUCCCCCUUCUGCCCCUCCCCUCGCCUCCCCCUCUACCGGCCCUCUCCCCACGUUUCCUGUUCCCUCGCACGCCUCCGCUGCCACCUCCAACGGAGCGACCGCCGCAGGGAGUCUGGACGGCAGCGAGCAGCGACAAGAAGGGAAACAGUAUUCGGGGUGCCGAGGUCAACCUGUCGCCUGUGCGAGUGUGUUUCUUCUGCUCGUCGUCGAGACGGGGAUGCAAUGGAGAGGCGUGGUAGAGGUCGAGAAGGUGCGAGUACUGGUCGGAGAAAGAGACGAGAGAUUGGAGAGAGAAGAAGAGAGGAAAAUAAGAGUAACAGGAGAGAGACGAAUGGAGGAGUACGAUGGAAAGGGGAUGAAGGGGAUGUGCGGCGUAGGCCUAUCUGUGGUCUUGUUGCGUCGUCGUUGA